AUGGCGGGCGAAAACACCAAUGCCACGCGCACUCCAGCGCGACAGCCGGCAAAGGCUGCCGCGUCAAUCUCUUCUUCUGCCAAGCAGAGAUCUAUCAUGUCCUUCUUUCAGAAAUCUUCUCCGGCUGCGACCCCAUCGCCAGCUGCUCGCAAACAGGUCUCUUCCGACCCCAGCUCUUGUCUAAAGGAGACCAAGGCCAACUUCUUACCAAAGGCGAAGCCUGCGCAGAAACUCUCGACGCCUGUGCCUUCAAGCGACGCGUUGGAACCCAGCAGCUCGCAGGAGAACCUUGAUGCAGCUUCUCAGACCGAGAUUGCCCCCAGCUCUCCUACCAGGGCCAUUGAACCAAAGUCCAACCCUCGACCAGCAAUCAAGGUCCCGGCUAGUAGCAGCCCGGCACGGAAGUCACGAAAAGCUGUCAGCUACGCGGAAUCUUCCGAGGAUGACGAGCCAGUCUCGACUCUUAACCGCCGUCGUACUAGGACACGACCGGUUCUAGAUGACGAGGACGAGUAUGGUGAUGACGGUGCCGCCGACGCACAAGAGGAUCAAGACGAUAUUGACGAUUUUGUUGUCUCGGACGAUUCGGACGGCGAGACCCCCAGACCAAAGAAGAGAAAGAGGCCAUCGCAACCAAACACUGCCCGGAAGCGCUCCAAUAUAUCACCACCCGCCACAAAAGACGAGCUAAGCGACCUAAACGAAGAUGAGUUCAUGCUCGAUAUUCCGCCGCCUACCAGUGCCAAGCAAUGGAACUACGACCCCGAAUCCGAGGAGAAGCGUCCUGUGACAACCCCAGUUGAGCGUGCCGCAAAAGACCCGAAGCGAAAGGAAAAGGCUCACACAAAAGAACCCGAGGAACGCUAUUCUUGGCUCUCUAAGGUCAGAGACAAGGAGAAGCGCGAACCGGGGCACCCCGACUACGAUCCACGAACAAUCUACAUUCCUCCUCUUGCUUGGAGCAAGUUCUCGCCUUUUGAGAAGCAGUACUGGGAGAUUAAGCAGAAUCUCUGGGACACGAUCGUGUUCUUCAAAAAAGGCAAAUUCUACGAGCUGUAUGAAAAUGAUGCUACAAUCGGCCACCAAGAAUUCGAUUUUAAAAUGACCGACCGUGUCAACAUGCGCAUGGUCGGAGUACCUGAGAGUGUCCUUGACCACUGGGUGAAUCAAUUCAUUGCCAAGCAAUACAAGGUUGCGCGGGUGGACCAGAUGGAAACCAACCUCGGAAAGGAGAUGCGUGAAAGACAGGACAAAACUGGAAAAAAGGCGGACAAGGUGAUCUCUCGUCAACUUGCGUGCGUUCUUACCGCCGGCACAUUAGUCGAUGGAAGCAUGCUCCAAGACGAUAUGGCGGCUCACUGCGUCGCCAUCAAAGAGUCCAUUGUGGACGGGCUUCCCGCAUUCGGUAUCGCAUUUGUCGAUACGGCCACUGGUCGCUUCUUUUUGACUGGUUUCGUUGAUGACGUUGAUUUGACCAAAUUUGAGACCUUCAUUGCACAAAUCAGCCCAAGGGAAAUGUUGCUCGAGAAGUCUCAUAUCUCGACCAAGGCCAACAGGAUCCUCAAGAAUAAUACCAGUCCUACCACGAUCUGGACACACUUGAAAUCUGACGUGGAGUUCUGGGAUGCCGAUACUUGCAGACGCGAGUUGGCUGUUGCAAACUACUUCUCCAAGGGAGAGGACGGUGAUGUAGCAUGGCCAGAGGCUCUCGAGAAGGACAGGGACAAUGACCUCGUCAUGUCCGCAGUUGGCGCUCUCGUUUGGUAUUUACGUUUCCUCAAAGUCGAGCGGCCUUUACUUUCCCAGAGCAACUUCUCCAUAUACAACCCCAUUCAGAAGGACGGCACCCUGGUUCUUGACGGCCAGACCCUCAUCAAUCUCGAAAUCUUCUCUAACUCGGUUAAUGGCGGCGGCGAGGGCACCUUGUUCCAGCUUCUUAAUAAGUGCAUUACACCCUUCGGCAAACGCCUUUUCCGCCAGUGGGUUGCUCAUCCGCUUCAAAACAUUGAUAGAGUCAAUGAACGAUUGGAUGCGGUAGACAUGCUCAACAAAGAUCCAUCUGUCCGCGAACAAUUUGCCUCCCAGCUCGUCAAAAUGCCGGAUUUGGAGCGGCUGAUCUCUCGAAUCCAUGCCUGCUCCUGCAAGCCCGAGGACUUUGUUCGUGUUCUGGAAGGGUUUGAGCAGAUUGAGUACACGAUGACCCUGUUGUCCGCCUUCAAAGGCGGCAAUGGUUUGCUUGAUCGUUUGAUCUCGGGCAUGCCCAGCCUCGAGGAACCGCUUGCCUACUGGAGAAAUGCCUUUAAUAGAACAAAGGCCAAGGAAGAGAAGAUCCUCAUACCAGAGCGCGGUAUUGAAGAAGACUUUGAUGCCAGCUUGGAGCGCAUGGAAUGCAUCAAGGGUCAGCUUCACGAGCUGCUAGCUGACAAGAAGACGGAGCUCAAGUGCAAGUCGCUCAAAUUCACCGACGUCGGCAAAGAAAUUUACCAAAUUGAGGCCCCCAAGACUGUUAAAGUGCCUUCCAGCUGGCGCCAGAUGUCCGCUACAAAGGAUGUCAAGCGAUGGUAUUUUACUGACCUAACAGCUCUUGUCCGCGAGCUUCAAGAGGCGGAAGAGACGCAUUCGCAGCUGGUUCGUGACGUCGCUACGCGCUUUUGCAAAAAGUUUGACGUUGACUACGAACUUUGGCUCUGUGCUAUUCAGGUCGUUGCUCAGUUAGACUGCCUGGUCAGCCUUGCCAAAGCAUCAUCGUGCCUAGGCGAGCCGAGCUGCCGUCCCCAGUUCGUGGAGCAGGACCGAAGUCUUGUCGAGUUUGAGGAGCUGCGUCACCCGUGUAUGCUGAACACCACCGGCGAUUUUAUCCCCAACGAUAUCAAGCUCGGCGGCGAGCGGGCCAAUAUUAAUCUGCUCACGGGUGCCAACGCUGCGGGCAAGUCUACAGUUCUGAGAAUGUCCUGUAUCGCGGUCAUCAUGGCGCAAAUCGGGUGCUACGUGCCAGCCGUCUCGGCAAAGCUCACGCCUGUAGACAGAAUUAUGUCUCGCCUCGGCGCUAACGACAACAUUUUCGCCGCGCAAUCGACUUUCUUUGUUGAACUCUCGGAAACGAAGAAAAUCCUGGCCGAGGCCACUCCUCGCUCGCUAGUCAUUCUUGACGAGCUGGGCCGCGGCACAAGUUCAUAUGACGGCGUUGCAGUUGCCCAAGCUGUGCUACACCACGUAGCGACGCACAUAGGAUGUGUCGGAUUCUUCGCCACGCACUAUCACUCUCUCGCCACCGAGUUUGAGAACCACCCUGAGAUCAGAGCCCGCCGCAUGCAGAUCCUCGUAGACGACGCGGAGCGCCGCAUUACCUUCCUUUACAAGCUGGAAGAUGGCGUUGCGGAGGGCAGUUUUGGCAUGCACUGCGCCGCCAUGUGCGGCAUCUCCAACAAGGUUAUUGAGCGUGCCGAGGUGGCCGCCAAGGAAUGGGAGCACACGAGCAGGCUCAAGGAAUCCCUGGACAAGGCAAAGACGGGAUGCUACAUUCCGUUGGGUAUACUCAGCGAUGUCGGAAACUUGCUUGGUGACAAGGCUGAAAUCGAUGAGAAGGGUAUCGAUGUUUUGCUGCGUGGUAUCGAAUGCCUAUAG